AUGGCUCACCGGAGAAGGGUGAUUGCCGAUUCGGACGAUGAAGAUGGAGACGAUGACCAGCCAUUGAGCCCCCUGCGAGAGGAGGCAUCGCCGCCCGAGACUGAGCCUCUCAGCCCGCACCACCGGCCUUCAAGCCCCACCUCCUCGAAGAGCCACAAUCAGAUAUCAGACGUCACGAACCCCUCCUUCUUUGAUGGUGUUUUCAACGAUCACCGGACUAGGGCUCUCGAGCAAUCGCAGCUUAUUGAGAACAUCGUCCGCCAGAGCCAGAAGGCGAGCGCGAGCAGUGGCGACGUCUCGCUCCCCGCCAAGGGCAAAGGUAGAAAGCUCGAUCCUUCUUCGGGAACCGAUGUCACUUCGCCCGUGGUGUUGCGCAAACCGAAGAACCAGCCAGCCCCGUUCAGCGAUGGCGCUUCGGAGUUUACUACGCCCCGGAAGAGCACCGGUGACGAGUGGGACGUGCCGAGCAGUGCCGAGGGUGCCACUGCGACGAAGAGUGUGAAGAGCUCGAGAAGCAAGGAGAAAACUUACGGGAAGCGCCAGAGACGCAUUUCUAAGCUGGCUCCAAGUUCCUCGGAUGCGGGAAUAGGCGCACCUGAAGCGGUCGAACCUGAGCACAUGGCCGAGGACGUCGCUGCGCAAGAUGAACUGCCUCUGGAGGACAAUGACGUUGGUCCGUCACCGCUGCCGUCAGCGAAGAAGCGCGAAAUAUCACUCCACGAUACUGUGCUCCAGGAUACUGCAAAAUUCUAUAUUGCUCCGAGCAAUAUGACGACCAUGCAGAAGCUGGAAUACCAGAGAGUCAACGUCCCGCCGGGUUCACUGGCUAAUCAAAAGUCGAGCGGCACUAGCGGUGUUACGACCAUUGCUUACUCGACACCCAGUGCAUACGCAUCUUCCGGCCCCCCUAUUCCAUGGGACAGGCCUUCUGUUGCUGAUACGCAACCUCCUACUCCGCGCGAGGUGAUAGAUAUAACAUCGUCGCCAGAUGUGAUGGCAUCCGGACACGGCUGCGCUAAGAGGAGAAAGGUUAUAGCUUCUCCAACCGUGGACACCCCGGUAGCAGAUAGCCGCGCUGAACCUGCCAACGGAUCUCCCGAUCCGAUCCCGGUCAAAACGAAUAAUAAGAAGAGACCAAAGGACAUGGAAGAUAUAGACGAGCUAGGUCAGGAUGACUCUUGGGACUCCGAUACUAUCGGCUACUAUCGAGAAAGCUACAGACCUAGAACCAGCCGGAGAAGAUCGAAAGCCAGUAUUAGUAUUAUUCUCGAAGAUGAAGUCGGCGAGCAGACUGGUUUUCCGACACCCUAUGAGGAGGUCCAUAACAAGCCGGCAGAUGAGCUUGCUGAAAUUGCUCCUGCAGAUCCUGAGCCUCCUGCAGCUCCUGAGUCUCCUGCCACAAAAGCCGACCAAGCUGAGGAUCAACCAACAGUCCAGCCAAAGAAGCGUGGACGGAAGAAGAAACAGCCCGUCGUCGAAGUCCUUCCCCAAGAUGUUCCAGACACUGGGCUUCAAGUCGUCGCUCAGGAGCCCCCUCCGUUGGGUACUGCUCUUGAAGUGGAAGCCCCUGUAGAAAAGCCAAAGAAGAAAAGGGGUCGACCCCGAAAGUCGGACUUCAGCAAGGCCGAGGUAGUGGCUCCGGAACCCCCGGUCGCUGAGACAGUAGCAGCUCCAGGAACCUCAACCAUUUUUGAAUCGAAGGAGGGUGAAGUUGACGAACUAGCUGCCGAACAAUUUGAAGAGGACAUCGAAGAGCCGAAUGCGAAGAGGAGAAAGAAGUCGCGGAAGGAGACCAGAAACACAGAAGCGAGCACCCCAUCCAUCAGCGCGGAGUCUCUGCCCCUCAAAGAACUAGACCGUAAUUCGAGAAGUCCGUCCAAGCUGCACCCAUCCGACGCACUCGCCGCGAAGUCGGUCACACCAGCCACGGACGAAAACUUGCCGACGAAAUCUCAAGCAAAGGAGACCCCGAAAUCCACGCCCACUGCUUCGCAAUCAAAAGCCCUCUACAGGGUCGGUCUUAGCAAGCGAUCUCGGAUCGCUCCGUUGCUGAAGAUCAUCAAGAAAUGA